ACAGCUUCGCUACUGUGGCAGAUAUCUGAGUACCUGAUCUACACUAUUCUUUCUGUAGCUCCGCAGCUGGAUCCUCCGCGGCGCGGAGAUCGACUCGGAAAUUGCCCCGCUUUUCCUGAUGACGUUAAGUGCGCCAAGGACCCAUCCUCCGGAAUUUGCCUCUUCGGCCAUCAAAUUGCAGGAAACUUCCACGCAAACCAAGCUUUGUCUUCUUCUCAUCCCACAACCCACUAUCAACGCUCACGACGAGAGACGAUCUACCGACCUCCCAAUCGCCGUUCCCAACAUUGCGAUACGAACGAGAUCUGAUUCAUACCACACGGCGCAGUAUCCCACAGUACCGACGAUGUUCUCGAGAGCAGUGCGCGCGGUUUCGGCCCGGGCGCUGGUCGCUCCGCUGCGGCCGAUGGCUGCUCCGGCGUCCCGACAGAUUGCGCCUCUUGCCGCGCAACCGCCGCGCCGGCAUUAUCACGAGAAAGUCCUCGACCACUAUGCCCGUCCCCGGAACGUCGGAACGCUAGACAAAUCGGAUAAGUCGGUCGGCGAAGGAUUGGUUGGAGCGCCGGCGUGUGGCGACGUUAUGCGGCUUCACAUCAAAGUCGACCCUGAGACGCAAGUUAUCAGCGAUGUCAGGUUCAAGACGUUCGGAUGCGGCUCAGCAAUUGCUUCGUCUAGCUACCUUACUGAGCUCGUUCGCGGCAUGACGCUGGAGCAGGCGUCAAAGGUCAAGAAUACAGAGAUUGCCAAGGAGCUGUGCCUGCCCCCAGUCAAGCUGCACUGCAGCAUGCUUGCCGAGGACGCCAUCAAGUCGGCCAUCAACAACUACUACAAGAAGAACCCCGACGUCAAGCCGACGAACCUGGCAGGGAGGGAGGCCAAGUUGGAGACGCCGGCGACAGCAACGGCGACGGCGACGGCGUGAUCUGCUGGGGGGGAGAGAUGUUUUGUUGGCGUGUGAAUCAUGAGACACCAUGAAUAGGUGACUGCGACCAGUCGGUCGGCAGCGAGUUUCUUUUCCUCGUUCGAUUGGACUCUGGGGAUGGCAU